UUAUGCUGUCCACAUGGUCCCACCGUUGGACCAACCACUCCACGUGCAACAAUCCACCGCAUGCACGGUUUCACAACCAUCGGCAACCGAUUCGGCAACUUCGCCGUCAUCUGUCGCCGGGGAUUCGACGACAUGUUAAGACUUGAAGAGCUCGACCCGUUGACGUUUGAGGACUUCCAAUGGAUGCCCCUUCCCCCGUCCGGUCGAUUGCCGAAACCGCAUUGCAACGUGCUCAUGGCACAAUUGCGGGAUUACUUGCACACUCCAGUACCAACUUUGUUGAUGGACGCCGGAAUAGAGGUUGUCGACCUUCACGCCUACAUUGCGAAGAUCGACCGCGAGUUCAAGACACAACGGUACGACGACAUCGACGCGCCAUUGUUGUACAUACGCAUUCAGAUCGGAGAGGCGACCUGCAGCGCUUUGAUCGAUUGCGGAGCUACUCGCAACUACACGAGCCAAGACUUUAUGGUACGCGUUGGCCUUGGGACAUGCGUUCGGAGGAAGUUGCAGCCCACGCAAGUCACGUUGGCCGACGGUUACACGCACAAGUCAAUCGACCGGUGCAUUGAUGUCGUCCCCGUGUACUUUGCCCGGCAUGCAAGCGAGGUUGUGUCCUUCGAUAUUUUGGGCAACAAGUUCGACAUGAUCUUAGGCAUGUCAUGGCCGCGAAGCGAGGAUCACCCGGUGAACUUCUACCGCCGCACCGUUCACGUUCGUGAUCGGAACGGAGUACUAGUCCCAUGCACGGUGCCUCCUCCUCACCCUUCGAUCAGCUGCCACGUGGUGUCCGCCGCAAGCAUUCGAGCUUCCAUCAUCCGGGAUGACAUCGAGGAGAUGGGGGUGUGUUUUCUCCACGCCCUCCCGCCCCAAGAUAUUUCAUCGAUGGACUCACCACCGGACCCACGCAUCACCGAGCUUCUCGACACCUACGGCGACGUGUUCGAAACACCACACGAAGUAGUACCAGAUCGGCCCAUCUGCCACGAGAUCAUCCUCGAGGACGGGGCCGUACCUCCGCGUGGUUGCCUCUACCGCAUGAGCGAGGAAGAGUUAAGUGUGCUAAGGGCACAACUCGACGAUCUUCUCGAGAAAGGCUGGAUUCGGACUAGCUCUUCGUCAUACGGUGAUCCCGUUCUCUUCGUCCGGAAGAAGAACAAGGAGUUGAGGUUGUGCAUCGAUUAUCGCAAGCUCAACGCGCAAACCAUCAAGAACGAGGACCGCUACAAGACCGCGUUUAAGACGCGAUAUGGGUAUUUCGAAUGGUUGGUUAUGCCUUUUGGCCUUACGAAUGCCCCGACCACAUUCCAAGCGGCUAUGACAACGGAGUUCCGACGCAUGCUGGAUAGAUUCGUACUCAUCUACCUCGACGACAUCUUGGUGUACAGCCAGAGUUUGGACGAGCAUGUGGAGCACCUGCGCACCAUUUUGGAGCGGCUACGACAAGCCAAGUACAAAGCCAACCGCGACAAAUGCGAAUUCGCGCAGCAAGAGCUGGAGUACUUGGGACAUUAUGUGACGCCGCAAGGCAUCCGUCCGCUUGCGGACAAGUUCGAGGCCAUCCGCGUAUGGCCCGAGCCCACCAACACCACGGACGUUCGUUCAUUCAUGGGGUUGGCGGGCUACUAUCAACGCUUCAUCACCGGGUACUCAAGGAUUGUCGCACCUAUGACGAGAUUACAAUCGUCAAAGGUGCCAUUCAUAUUCAAUGACGAAGCACGUCGGUCAUUCCAAGCACUCAAGACGGCCAUGCUCAUGGCACCCGUCCUUAGCAUCUACGACCCCACCUUGCCAACGAGAGUGACAACCAACGCUUCCGGCUAUGGCAUUGGGGCAAUCUUGGAACAACACGACGGCGACGAAUCGCACCCUGUGGAGUAUUUCAGCCACAAAGUGCCUCCCUUUAAUUCACUUGAUGAUGCAAGGAAGGAGCUGCUCGCGUUCGUGAUGGCUCUCAAGCGAUGGCGGCACUUCCUCCUUGGGCGUCGAAGGUUCACAUGGGUCACGGACAACAACCCAUUGACCUACUACAAGACGCAGGAUACAGUGAGCAGCACGAUGGAACGAGGGAUGUACUUCAUCGACCAAUUUGACUUCACACCGAAACAUCUCCCCGACCUCUCCAAUCUCGCAGCAGAUGCACUCCCGCGAAGACCUGAUCUUUGCGCUAUGACACAUCAUGCUUUCGCAUUUGAGGAGGAAGUCCAGCAAUACUUCAUCCGGGGCUAUGAGUCUAAUCCGGAUUUUGCCACGUUGUAUGCGCAACUAUCUUCGGAUCACCCGCCGGCCAGCCACUAUCGCAUCGUCGACGGGUACUUGCUCCUCCAAACGAGAGGCAAGGACUUAUUAUGUGUCCCACACGACCGUCGUCUUCGGACUCACCUUCUCGGUGAGUACCAUGACUCACGACUCGCCGACCAUUUUGGAGUCAAUCGCACCAUUGCACGACUUCGGCAACGAUUCCGAUGGCCUGACCUCAUUACCGAUGUCACUCGGUAUUGCGACCCUUCCGAAGUUUGCCAACGAAGCAAGCCACGCGAUCGCAAUCCCUACGGCGAGUAGCGCCCGAUGCCUAUCCCACAGGAACCCGGCCUCUCCAUUGCCAUGGACGUCACCGGUCCGUUUCCCCGCGACCCUCUCGGGCACGACCGCAUCCUCAUGGUCGUUGACCGUUUGAACCAGAACAAGAACCGACCUUUCAAUACAAAGUACAAGAUAACACAGCGGAAGACUUAUAUACCAGUGAUCCGAACAAUCAAUGUUGUAAUGCAGC